CAAAACUUGUUUUGCCUGGUCUGGUUGUUCAUUGAGCAUUGAGCAAUUUAUAACAAUAAACUUCGUAUUUCUUUCUUCAUAAUAUAUUGUAACGUCACACGUUAGCGUCACAGUUACAGGGCAAUUUGAGAUAGAAGGAUGGACCAGCUACGUUUUGACGGUCGUGUUGCGGUGGUGACCGGAGCCGGUGGUGGUCUUGGCAAGGCCUAUGCCCUCCUCCUGGCGUCAAGAGGUGCUAAGGUCGUGGUCAACGACCUCGGUGGUGCCCGCGAUGGGGUUGGAAAAUCAAACUUCGCUGACGCUGUUGUGAAAGAAAUCAAGGACAAAGGUGGUAUCGCAGUAGCAGAUUACAACAAUGUCGUGGAAGGCGAGAAGAUUAUUCAGACCGCCAUAGAUAACUUUGGCAGGAUUGAUAUCCUUAUCAACAACGCUGGUAUUCUUCGCGAUAAGAGCUUCACAAAAAUGUCCGACCAGGACUGGGACCUCAUCCACCUGGUCCACCUGAAAGGUGCCUUCAAGACCACCCACGCUGCAUGGGAGCACUUCAGAAAACAGAAGUACGGUCGUGUCAUCAUGACCUCGAGUAAUGCUGGUAUCUUCGGAAACUUUGGACAGGCUAACUACAGUGCUGCAAAAAUGGGUCUGGUCGGUUUGACCAACACCCUGGCCAUCGAGGGCGCUAAGUACAACAUUAAGGUCAACACCCUCGUGCCGACUGCUGCCUCUCGUCUCACUGAAGACAUCCUGCCCCCAGAAAUGUUCGAGGCGAUGAAGCCUGAUCUCAUUGCUCCCGUUGUUGCCUACAUGUCCCACGAGUCUUUCCCUGACACUGGAGCGGUCAUUGACUCCACCCUCGGAUUCGCCACCAAGAUGCAUUACGUCAGAGGACCCGGUGUUGUGCUGAAGAAGAAGCCAUCCGACCCAGUGACCAUUGAGUCAGUCAAGGAGUUCUGGCCUCAGGCCAUGGACAUGAAGAAUGCUUUCCACUUGGAUAAGAUGGCUGAAGUUACCGUGGACCUGGUUGAAAGGAUUCAGGACUUCGAAGAGCGCUCCAAGUUGGACCCUGACGGCAAAUCGUACUGGUCUUCUUACACCUAUAACUCUAAGGAUCUUGCCCUAUAUGCUCUUGGAAUCGGAGCUUCAGUAUUAAACGAGGGAGAUCUGAAGUUCUUGUAUGAAAGCCAUGAGAACUUCGCUGGUCUGCCAACCUUCUUCAUCCUGCCCGGUAUGGCCAUCGAGUCUCCUCUAGUCGCCAACUCUAUGCCACCCGGCAAGUUCGCCGACUUCACUAACAUCCUUCACGGAGAACAGUUCAUCGAGUUCGUAGACGAGUUCCCCGGUACUGAGGGUGACUUCAAAAUCCGCAGCUACUCCGUCGACACCCUGGACAAGGGAUCCAGCGCCAUCUCCAUCGUUAACAGUGAGUAUUCGAAUCUUGUGUUACAUCUGCCACAGAGAUUUAUUUAUAUUAGAUGGAUGGAGGACACCAAAGUCACUGUGUUGGUUUUGGUGGACUUCUCGAAUGCAUUCAAUAUGGUCGAUCAUGAUAUCCUGUUAGCGAUCCUCUCCCAGGUUUCUGUAUCUAAUGACGCACUGGAAUGGUUCUCAUCCUAUCUUCGCGAGCGUCAGCAGUUGGUCCAGUGUGCGUACCAUCUAUAUGCCGACGACUUGCAGUUGUAUUGCCAGGCUAGAGUCGAAGAUUUGCCCGAUGCGAUCUCAAGGUUAAAUGCGGACCUGGCUGCCUUGAACGAUUGGUCAACAAGUUUUGGUAUAGCAGUGAAUCCCAGUAAAUGCCAGGCAAUAAUUUUAGGAAGUUCCCGUAUCUUUGGUAGAAUCGACAGCGCAACAGUGCCGCCGCUUCUAUAUGACGGUGCGAUUAUCUCGCUCAGCAGUGACGUGAAGGAUCUGGGACUGCACAUCGACAAUAAUUUGACGUGGCGUGUUCAGAUCGCUGGUGUUUGUAAACGGGUGACGGGCACGCUUCGGUCUUUGUAUCGCCUUAAAAAUUUUCUUCCGUCCUCCACCAAGAUAAUGCUUGUCCGUUCCUUGGUCUUUCCUAUCAUUGACUAUGCUGAUGUUUGCUACUACGACCUGAAUGCAGAUCUCAUCAAUAAACUGGACCGCCUUCUGAAUAACUGUAUUCGAUUCAUCUUCAACCUGCGACUUUAUUUUUUUCACAGGUUGUCUGGUGACUUGAACCCCCUGCACAUUGACCCCACCGUUGCGACUGCCAGUGGACACCAGAAGCCCAUCCUCCACGGAAUGGCAACUCUUGGUUUCUCUGCCAGACACGUGUUGGCUAAGUACGGAGGCAAUGAGCCCAGCAACUUCAAGGCUCUGAAGGCUCGCUUCGUGAAGCCAGUGCUCCCAGGCCAGACCCUUGUCACCGAGAUGUGGCUCGAAGGCAAACGCGUCCACUUCCAGACCAAGACCAAGGAAACUGGCAACAUUGUCAUCGCUGGAGCAUACGUCGACUUCAAGAACAUUGUAUCCAGCCAGGGCGCGUCAAGCUCUGCUGCCGCUCCGGCCGUAGCGCCAUCUAGUGGUGCUUUGAAGUCUGACGGUCUCUUCCACAAGAUCAAGGAAGAGGUCGGCAAGAACAAGGACUUGGCCAAGAGCAUCAAUGGCGUCUUCUUGUACAAUAUCACAGAGAAUGGAAAGACUGCUAAGAGUUGGACUUUGGACUUGAAGGUCCCUGAAGUAUAUGAAGGCCAACCAAAGAGCGGCAAGGCUGACACAACCAUGACCCUUUCCGAUAGUGAUAUGGUAGACCUAGCUGCGGGCACACUCAACCCACAGGUCGCCUACAUGAAGGGCAAGCUCAAGAUUGCAGGCAAUUUGAUGCUCGCGCAGAAACUCGGACCCCUACUCAAAUCCCCUGCCAAGAUCUAAGUUAAAUAUUGGGAAAUGGAUAUUUAUUAAUGAUUUACAAUCAAAAUCUUACUACCAGUAAUAAGCAUUAGAUGCGAAAGUAUUAUAAGCAAUAAAAUCAUCUUUUAAGAAAAUGUUUUAUAUUUUGUUUUGUUUCAAAGACUUUUUAUUUAGCCAGAAAUUGCAUUUAUGUAUAUUACUGCUAUGAUCUGUGAUAUGACUUUUAAAGACCGAGUAAUUCCGCUGGAGGGCAAUUUCUGGCUCUUCUGUUUUGUUGUCACAAUCAAGUGAAGAAUGUAUAUUAUUUUGUAUGGUGACGGAAAUAAACACCACUUUUAUAAAAA